AUGUCACCCCACGUGGGCCACGACGACUCGUCGAUCAAGUUGAAGACGCGGUUCGGGGAUCGGGUACUCGUCCUCUACGAGAGCCAACCGCUGCGGCUCGACGCGUUUUGGCGCACGUUGCGCGAGGCGUGCAAGUUGGGGUCAAACCAGCCGAUCACCGUCAAAUGGGUCGACGAUGAGGGCGACCCGUGCACAAUAUCUUCCCAACGCGAACUCGACGAGGCCGUCCGGUUGUACAAGGAGAACAACGAGGCCGACAUUUCGCUGCACGUCUUCGAGGGGUUGCCCGCGUGCCCGGGGCAAUACGCACAAGGAGAGGAUAAAAGCGUCUACCGACGAGGGGCGAGACGAUGGAAAAAGUUUUACCACGUCAACGGGCAUCGUUUCCAGGCGAAGAGGUUGAAUAGACGAAUCCAGUGCGCCUACUGCCACGACUACGUGUGGGGCAUCGGCCGCCAGGGCUUCCGGUGCGUCGAUUGCAAGAUUUGCGUCCACAAGAAGUGCCAUCGGCUUGUCGGCGGGCCCUGCGGAGAUACGGUCGCGCCGAUCAUUGGGACGGGCGAGCCGGCGCCGCGCCCGCUACAACCGCGCAAUGGGGUCCAGGAGAACAAGGGCUUCGUGAACGGCGCCUUCAAGGAGAGCGAGAUCGAGGCCGAUGAAAACGGACACUCGACGGCCGUGUCAACCGGGUCGACGACGCAAAACAGGUGGCAGGUCUCCCUCAACGACUUCAACCUGCUCACCGUCAUUGGGCGCGGCUCGUACGCGAAGGUAGUCCAAGCCGAGCACAAGCGCACCAAGCAAAUAUACGCCAUCAAGAUCAUCAAGAAGCAAAUGUUCAACGAGGAUGAGGACAUUGACUGGGUACAAACCGAAAAGAGCGUCUUCGAGACGGCCUCCAAUCAUCCGUUUUUAGUCGGCCUUCACUCUUGUUUCCAGAGCGAUUCGCGCCUAUUUUUCGUCAUCGAAUUCGUCCCUGGCGGAGAUUUGAUGUACCACAUGCAACGACAACGAAAAUUGGCCGAGGAUCAUGCUAGAUUCUACUCAGCCGAAAUCAUCCUUGCCCUCCACUUCCUCCACUCCCGCGGCAUCAUAUAUCGAGAUCUCAAACUCGACAACGUGUUGAUCGACGCCGAUGGCCAUAUCAAAUUGACCGAUUAUGGCAUGUGCAAGGAAAACAUCGGCCCCGGCGACGUGACGUCCACAUUCUGCGGAACGCCCAACUACAUUGCACCCGAGAUUUUGCGAGGCGAAGACUACGGCUUUAGCGUCGACUGGUGGGCGCUGGGCGUGUUGAUGUACGAAAUGAUGGCCGGCAGAUCGCCGUUCGACUUCGUCUCGCCGGGCGAUCAGGAGAACAGCGAGGAUGCCCUCUUCCAGACGAUUCUCGAGAAACAGAUCCGAAUCCCUCGCACCCUCACCACAAAGGCCAGCGCCGUCCUCAAAGGGUUCCUCAACAAGGAUCCGGGCGAGCGUCUGGGCUGCAAUCGGGACAUUGACCAGUCGCUGAUCGACAUGCAAGAACACCAAUUCUUCAAGGGGCACAUCGACUGGGAUCUGUUGGAACAGCGCCAGGUGAAGCCGCCCUAUAAUCCACAAGUCGCCGGCAUACGCGAUCUCCAGCACUUCGAUCAGCAAUUUACCGAUGAACCGGCGAAUCUGACGAUCGACGACCCGGCGGUGAUUGCCCGCAUCGAUCAGAGCGAAUUCGACGGGUUCGACUACGUGAAUCCGCUGAAGAUGGACACCGAGGAUGAAGUG